GAAGUAGCGUUGGUUUGGUGUUAGCCUAUGGUGCUAGUUAGCUACCCAGUUAGCGAGACAAAUACACUUCAUGUAUUCUUUAUUUCCCUUUUUUGUGUUGUUUAGAAAAGGUGCUGCAACACAUGAUAGUCUUUUUUACUCAGAGUAGUGUUCAUUAUUUUUACUGACUGGGCAUUAACAGAAAUUUAACGUUAGCUUAACGUUAGCUAGCUGUUGUUGUUGUGUAUGCUGACUAAAGGUAGCAAUGGACCAGCACAGAUCCCACAAUCCCAACUCCAGCCACCAAAACCGCCAGUCAGCAUACAAAAGAGAGAGAGACGACAGUGGAAAAAAUCAUUGUGAGAAUAAACACUCCAGACCAAACCACCCCCAGUAUCAGUCUGGACCAACUCCUGGGCAAAACCCACUGAGCUCUCGGGGUUUGAGCACCAGAAGGGAGCAAUACGAAAAAGACUUUCCUGUGUACAAACAGCCUGUCGAAGUAGGAUGUUUUUCCCUCGACUCCGAGCGCAGAUUCUUCAACGACAACAGGCAGAUGAGAUACUAUGUGGAACCUGACAGAAGUCCUAAUUUUGACCUGAGGGAUGGAUACAAGGAUCGCUUUAUAAAGAGAGAUGACAGUGUGAAGGAGAAGCUGGACCACAUGUUACGCUGGAUCUUGGCCAAUAGAUCAAAGCUCAGCUCAAGGGGGACCGCUGCCUCGUCAUGUGCUUUAGAUGUCGACUUUGUGACAUGGCGUGGUCAUCUGACAAAGCUGCUGACCACUCCCUAUGAGACACGGGAGGGCUGGUUGCUGGCGGUCACCAGGUUCAGGGGCACACUUUACAUCAGUGAAGUGGAAACAGAAGCUGCUCGUAGGGAUCAAGAGAACCGCACCGAGAGACAUGAAGAGAUGAUGUACUGGGGAUACAAGUUUGAGCAAUACACAUGUGCAGAUAACGUCCACAGUCUACCUGACCCAGGUGGGGUGGUUAACACUAAUGAGGCCUUCUGCACUGUGGUGCAAACUCGGCUCGCCGAUCACAGACUCCUGUUCUCCGGUGAGGUGGACUGCCGGGAUAAAGACCCCAACGCUCCAGCUCCUCCUGCAUGCUACGUCGAGCUGAAGACAUCUGCAGAGAUCUCCACACCUAAACAGCGCAGCAACUUCCACAGGUUCAAACUGCUGAAGUGGUGGGCCCAGUCCUUUCUCCCCGGAGUCCCCCGUGUUGUGGCAGGUUUUCGGGAUCAUGAAGGCGUGGUCGUCACUGUGGACACUUUUCCCAUCUCUAAGAUUUCCCAUCUCAUAAAGAAUGAACAAAACUGCUGGAAGCCGACAGUCUGUAUGAACUUUUGCUGCGAGUUCCUGUCUUUUGUAAAGCACAUCGCUACUGAAGACAAUCCAAGUGUGGUGUACCUGCUCUCCUGGGAGCCCCACAGAGACGUGACCUUCUCCAUCCACAGGGACUCCCAGUAUUCCUUCCUGCCACACUGGUAUGUGGAGGAGAUGACCAGAAGUCAAGACUCUCAUUAGUCCUGAUUUACAGCCGAGGUCGACUGGGACUGUUAAUCCAGACCUCCAAUGGAGGAUUAUUUACCAUUGGACUUUACCAUGUAUACAGUUUGACAGUCUCCGAGAGGGGCUGUGUGAACUCAUUUUGUGCCGCUGAUCGUUACCACAUUAAUGAUUCUGUGGUAUUUUUUUAUCUUCUAUUUGUUCAGCAGUAAGAACUGAACCAUGUGUUUUCAUCUUGCAUGUGGUGAUUUUAAAUACAACAGUAGUUAUGCACUGAUGUCAAUAUUGUUCUCAAGCUUUAUUAUGUUAUAACAAUAAUUUAAACCCCCAAAACAGUGGCAUGUUAAUGCAAAACAAUUCUAGAACAAUUUGUUCAUGAUCAAAAAAUCAUGAUGUAAAUAAAUGAAGGUUGACUUCAAGUAAGUAUUGCAUCUACGAAGACAAAACAUUUCCUUACGACAAACCAUUAGGGUAAAAAAACGUUAUGAAGACAGUUAUAAAUACGCAUGGUGUAGUCGAGUAACUAUUGUUUCACUGCCUUUGCUAAGGAAUAGUGACAGAUUCACCAACUUUGGACCCCUUCUUAAUUAAUAAAGCUCAUUUUGUCCUUCUC